AUGGAAUACCACCGUUCCAUAGAGCGAGAUCUGGGUAGAAUUUGUAACUUUAUGUCUCAUGAGAAGUGCCUCAAACAUGUGAAGAUUCCAUGCUCAUGUAUUGCUCCAAGUCUUGUAAGGGUUCCGGUUGCACAUUGUUUUGGACCACCAGGACACUACAAGAGAAAGUUUUGCACUGUGUGCAGAAAGCCACUGGAAUUGCCUGCAUUUCGAUGUGAAGUAUGUGAACUACACGUGCAUACAGAUUGUGUUCCGUUUGCUUGCAGUGACUGCCGUCAGUGCCAUCAGGAUGGGCAUCAGGACCAUGAUACAUACCAUCAUCACUGGAGGGAGGGAAAUCUUUCUUCUAAUGCUCGCUGUGAAGUCUGUAAAAAAACCUGUGGUUCUUCUGAGGUGCUGUCUGGUAUGAGAUGCGAGUGGUGUGGCAUUCUGGCUCAUGUUGCAUGUUACACUGCUGUAACACCAGAAUGUACUUUUGGAAGACUAAGGAAUAUGAUUCUUCCUCCAAAUUGUGUGCAUUUAUUUUCUCGCAAUUUCAGCAAAAUGCAUUGUUUUCGAAUAUCUGAGAGUCUGCAAACAGAACCAGAUGAAGAUGAUGAUGUUGAUGGCUUAACACAAGGAUCAGCAAAAGAUGCCCAAAUUUCAACAGAUUCAAGUAAACAAACAUUAAAAAUAUUUGAUGGGAAUGAUGCAGUAAAACGAAAUCAAUUUCGUCUGAUUUCAGUUCCAAGGAUUGCAAAAAAUGAAGAAGUUGUGGAGGCUGCGCUGAGGACAUACUACAUAAAUGAUGAUCAGCAAGACUAUGAACUCCAGACAUUUACUCAGCAGGCCUUGUUGUCUGAUGACAUUAUCAACAGGAAUGAUGCCUCAGAAGAAAUCUGUCCAGGUUCAGUAUUCAGAGAGUCUAUUCCUGAAGCUUGGAUCAUAAGAGCCAAACCAAAGGACCAUGAAGUAUUACGAAUAUAUCCUGCUUGGCUGAAAAUUGGAAUGGCCUAUAUCUCUCUACGAAUAAAGAAAGAAAGCACCACUCGGACUGUAAUCAAAGAAGUUCUCCCACUACUGGGAAAACAGGUAGAAUGUAUUGAUAACUACAAAUUGGUGGAAGUAUUCAUGGGCAGUAAACAAGUUCAGCGGAUGGUUUUGGAUGACCAGGAAUUGAUCAUAAACAGACUAAAGGAUAUAAGAAAGACUUCAAUACGUCAGAUGAAUCAAACAAGAUUUUACAUUGUACAAAAUAAUAAAUCAGUUGUGCGAGUAAAUCUGUUUGUUGGUGGUCUGCCACCUCAACUCUCAGCUGAAGACUAUACUAACAUCCUUAAGGAGGAAUUAGCUAUCAAAAGAAAUCUAGUUUCUGUGAUUCAUGUUUAUUCAUCGCAAGGUUCUGUUGUGCUUGAAGUCUCUUGCUUUUCUGAAGCUGAAAGAAUUUAUAUGCUAAUUAAAGAUACAACUGUCAAUGACAAGCAACUUCAUGCUGUUGUGAUACCUGAAGUGCUGCCUGCCAAACUACCACAGAAUAGCUGUCCGCUACUUGUAUUUGUGAAUCCAAAAAGUGGAGGUCUGAAAGGCCGUGAUCUUCUACACAGUUUCAGGAAGCUUCUGAAUCCUCAUCAGAUCUUUGAACUUACCAAUGGAGGUCCGCUGCCUGGGUUUCAUACAUUCUCUCGAAUUCCAUGCUUUCGAGUUUUGAUAUGUGGCGGUGAUGGUACCGUUGGUUGGGUGCUAGGUGCACUGGAAGAAAUAAGAUACAAACUUGCCUGUUCAGAACCGUCUGUUGCCAUCUUACCUUUAGGAACAGGAAAUGACCUGGGGAGGGUGCUACGCUGGGGAGCUGGUUACAGUGGGGAAGAUCCUUACUCCAUAUUGAUAUCUGUUGAUGAAGCUGAUGAAGUACUAAUGGAUCGUUGGACCAUCCUUUUAGAUGCUCCAGAGCCUGUUGAAAAUUCAGAAAAUGGUGCAUUAGAACCUGAGCCUCCAAAGAUUGUACAAAUGAAUAAUUAUUGUGGUCUUGGAAUUGAUGCAGAGUUGAGUUUGGAUUUUCAUCAUGCUAGAGAAGAAGAACCAGGCAAAUUUAAUAGCAGGUUUCACAACAAAGGUGUGUAUGUAAAAGUUGGACUGCAGAAGAUAAGUCACGCCAGAAACCUCCAUAAAGACCUAAAACUUCAGGUGGACCAGGUUGAAGUUGAGUUACCAAGUAUUGAAGGACUUAUUUUUAUUAAUAUUCCCAGUUGGGGAUCUGGAGCUGAUCUUUGGGGGUCAGAUCAUGAUAAUCGAUUUGAGAAACCACAAAUGGAUGAUGGCUUACUAGAAGUUGUUGGUGUAACUGGUGUUGUUCACAUGGGUCAAGUACAGGGUGGUCUGCGAUCAGGGAUUCGCAUAGCCCAAGGGUCAUAUUUCCGUAUCACGCUUCUGAAACCAAUCCCUGUCCAAGUAGAUGGAGAGCCCUGGAUCCAGCCACCAGGCCAGAUCAUCAUUUCUGCUGCAGGACCAAAGGUCCAUAUGUUGAAAAAAUCCAAGCAGAAGCAGAAAAAAGUUGGAAGCACAAGAGAGGCAAGAACUGAUAGUGUCUCAAUCACAGAAGAGGGACGCUAAGCUGAGAAGAUCUUUAUAGAGCAAAUACUGUUUGCCUGCUGCAGGGAACAUGAACCUAUCCUGGAAAAGUAUGUUCAGAGGAGUGGUAAAGAAAGGUUGCUUUAUGAAACCACCCGUUUAUUGUGUGUUGAAAGUAAUGUGUUCUGCUCUGUCUGUCUCUCUCUCUCCUAGUUCCUAGUUACAUGGGUAAAAUGCAUCUAAUGUAUGUACCACUAUGUUUGCCUUUGGUAACUUUUCCAUGAACUAUUGCCCAAUUUUUGGAGUGUGUGUAGCUGAUAACCACAGAUUGAGAUCUUCCUAAUUACUUUUGCAAAAAUUCAUUAUUUUUAAGAAGAUUUCAGCCUUUAAAAAAAUGUUUCCAUAGAUAAAUCACUGUCUCCAAACAAAAAGGUGAUAAGAUACUAUAAUCUCCUUGAGUUAAGCCAGAUAAGUCAGAAUCACUGCUACUUUACCAUUAUAAGUUAUUCACAGUUAAAGUAUAACAUUAGUGGUCUCUACAAUAAAUGCCCCAUGUACAGAGCAGAGAAAAUCUGCUUAAAUGCAUGAGUCAAAAUGAUUUGAGAUGAUUUAUCUGCACAUUUUUGUUAGACAGUGUGAUUGGCCGCGAGGGGCCAAACCAUCUUUAACCGUUUCAGAAUGAUUUCACUUCUUCCAGACUAUCCUGUUAAAGACUUUUUAAAAUGAGCUGUUAAAUUUCAGCAGUGUUCUCUCUCAAGUCAGUGGGAUCAGAAUUACCUCAGUAACGUUCAUAGACAAAAGACACUUUUUGGAGUCUGUUUUUUUCUCCACUACUGACCACAUUACUUUUGGUGACUCACUACUCCCUGCAUGUCUGUACUUUUGUAGUUUCAAACUCGUAUCCUUUUUUGAAAUAAGUUGUGACUGCUUUCAAAGUAGCUCCAAAAAAACCUAGAAGAUUCACUAGUAAUUUGGGGAGUGACUGUCAUCUCACUGAAAUACUUAGUGAUAGGCAGGCAUUAAAUUGAAAUAGUAACUAAAUUCACUGAGCUGUUUUGUGAGGCGGUGUGCACAUUUACUAAGACUAUCUGUGGCAAUUUGGGCACAGUGUUGGUAGAAUUUAUUUUUUUUACCAGGUUACUUCAGAUUCCUGAGAUUGUGGCUAGAAAGUAAAGAAAGUAGCAUUCCCAAGAACUGCUCUUGUCUGCAGGUUGGUAAAAUGGAUUGGCUUUUGGAAGGAUGGAGAAAAGGCAGAAAAAAGUACUGUUAUCUCAACUGGAAUAUCCCAGCCACAUCCCCUUUUCUUAGCUUCACUCCCAGGUGGAUGUGCUGGGGAGGUUGAGGUGGUGCAAGUGGUGGAAUUUGAAGUGGUGCACUUGAUGCUGGAAUGUGUAAAAUGUUAUACAUUUAAAAGGGCCAUUUGACCUGGUCCGCAAGUAUUAUCAGAGUUUUAGCCAUGAUUUCAAAAAUUGUCUUUUAUGGCUGUAACGUAUGUCUUGCUUAGUAUAGCUUUUACAACUGAUGGUAAUUUUACUACAUUGAUAUUGGUGGACUGCUGUGAAUCAUUUUGUCAAAACAGCAUUAUAUAAGAUGGCUUUAUUGAACUUUUUUCACAAUAAGACUUUAUGUGAUUUUUAGUGGGGUGAAAACAGUUGGCUUACAUCACUCACUCAUGAAAACACGUUCUGCCAUUGGGUGAUGUGCAGCAAGUCCCUCCUAGCGGGUCCCUCAGUUACACUGUCAGGAUGACUCACAAUACAAACGGCAAGGGUCUAUAGUGACCUGAAAUUUUUAGCCAGGAGUACUAGUUACAAAAUUGAAGAACAGUGAUCUAAGAAUUCAGUGCCACCAUGUGUUGGCUUUAUCUCUGUAAAGCUAAUUUUAGUUGGUAAACUUCAAUCAAGUUUUGGCUGUUAAAAUCGACCACAACUGCUAAUGUAAAAUUAAAAAAAAAGUGUGUGGGGGGGGGGGAAUAAUGUCCUGGAACUAAAACUGAUGCAAGACUCCAACAAUAAUGAACUAAACCCUAAACAAAGAAUGAACUAAAAUGGAUGCUUGCACAUUAAAAUGCAACUCUGUCUACAAACUUAUAUAAUGAUGUUUCUUGAACGAGUAGAUUAUAUACUCAGUCCAGAUACUAUUAAUUCCCAAGUGUUUUAUACAUGUUUGUUCUUUACCUAGUAGCCCAUCUCUCCGCUAUAUAAAUAUAGUCAUAGCUA